AUGUCUGAGUCAAUAAGUGAUGGUCGGGGUCUCUCCUCCCUAACUAGUGGUACCGGGGACCUGUUUGACCCUCUGCCCAACAGGAAGACCCCAGAGUCCUUCCUGGGUCCUAAUGCAGCAUUGGUGAACCUGGACUCACUGGUCACCAAGCCUCCUCAGCCUGCUCCUAUUGUCAACCCCUUCCUCGCUGCCGCAGGAGCCGCCCCUGUAGCCGCCCCCCAGGCCAACCCCUUCCAGAUGGGCCAGCCUAACCCCCCUACCCUAAACCAGAUGAGGGUCAGCCCUAUGCCAGGCCUGAGUCUGGGAGGGGGAGCAGGGUUCAGCAGCUUGUCCUCCAUGGUAGACCCUCUGCCCCCCCUGACGGGCCACAUGGUGCCCGGGGUUGGAGGGAUGGGUGGUUUCCCGGCCUCUAUGCCUCUGACCCAGCCCCUCUUCGGCUCAGCUCUGCCCCCCACAGCUGGCACACAGCCCCCUGGGACCACUAACCCCUUCUUGUUGUGAGGAACGCCUCAACUACACCCCCCCCCCCCCCCCCAACCACCCCCUUCAAGACAACACCCCUGGACUCCUCUCCUGUCUUUCCACCCCCCCCCUCUCCUCUUCCUCUCUCUUCCUCUCUCCUCUUCCUCUCUCCUCUUCCUCUCUCCUCU